UCCUGCCAUCAGCGCAGUUGUUGCUGUCUUUUGAGGAGGGGUAGAAUUGCACAGCCUCACUUAGGGGAUACUGGGUCCCAUAGCUCCUUCCCAGAAUAGUUUCUGCAUUUCACCCCUUCUCCAGGAAGGUAAACUGAGAGCAGGCCCCCAAACCUGUGCUUCCUUGGGGACUUUGCCUCUGCUUACCUGGCUCCUGGACCCCCACCCCCAGGACCCACCAUCCCCUCACCAUCCCCUGACAUCUUGACUUGGCCUUUGAUACACGGUUUGUGUUUAAAGCCCAGCUCUAAACAGGCUGAGGUGAGAUCUGUUCCCAGAAGUGGUAACCCCCCGCCCUGCCUGGGCCUUAUCAGGGGCUGCAGCCAAUCAGCCGGGGGCAGAGGAGCCCUCCAAGGGGCCCGCUGAGCCUCAGAGCCCACGAGGCAGCCACGGGUGCAGAGGCCUGAGCCCGGGUAGGCACUCAGCAGCCAUGGCCAGGGCUGAGACUGCCCUGCCCUCCAUCAGCAUGCUGACCACCCUGGGGCCCUGCCCGGACACCCAGGAGGACUUUCUUAAGUGGUGGCGCCUGGACGAGGCGCAGGACCUGGGUCCAGGUCCCCCGGACCCCAUGGGGCCGCCCCUUCACGUGAGCCCGGAGUCGGAGGACGCGCCCGGGGAGGACGAGGAUGGCGACAGAGACGCAGAUGCUGCCUGGGACCUGGAUCUCUUCCUCAGCAGCUUCCCGCCCCCAGAGCCGGGCGGUGCGCCCCGGACCUGCGCCCUGAACACCGGCGAGGCACCUGGGGCGCAGUACGUUCCGCCCUCCGAGACCCUGGGCGCUUACCCGGGCGGCCCGGGCCUAGUGUCGGGGCCGCUGGGCCCGGAGGAGCCGGCGGGCUGGGCGCGCGCCCCGGACCCCUUCACAGCCCCGGGUCCCGGACCCGAGCCCAAGGCGCUGGCGCUGCAGCCUUUGUACCCGGGGCCGGGGGCGGCCUCCUCCGGCGGCUUCUUCCCGCCAGCCGGGCUUGCAGUGCCCGCGGCCCCAGGCGCCCCCUAUGGGCUGCUGUCAGGGUAUGCCCCGCUGUAUCCGGCGCCCCAGUACCAGGGUCAUUUCCAGCUCUUCCGCGGGCUCCGGGCACCCUCGUCCAGCCCCGCCGCGCCUCCCUCCUUUCUGGGCUGUCUGGCGCCCGGGACAGCAGGCGCCGGACUCGUGGGCACUUCGACAGACCCAGGCGUGAUUGCCGAAGUUGUCCCGCAGAAGCGCAGCCGGCGCUCGUGGGCGAGGAAGAGGCAGGCGGCGCACACGUGCGCGUACCCGGGCUGCGGCAAGAGCUACACCAAGAGUUCCCACUUGAAGGCGCAUCUGCGCACGCACACAGGGGAGAAGCCAUAUGCCUGCUCCUGGGACGGCUGUGGCUGGAGGUUCGCGCGCUCUGACGAGCUGACUCGCCACUAUCGGAAGCACACAGGCCAGCGCCCCUUCCGCUGCAAGCUCUGCCCUAGGGCCUUCUCACGAUCUGACCACCUGGCUCUGCACAUGAAGCGCCACCUGUGACCCUGCCCCAGGGCUGGAUCCUGCCUGGGACAAGGACGGAGUGAGAAGGGAUCUGUACAGUGUUGAUUCCUAAGGACGAACCCUUAGCCCCCUCCACUGCACGACCCAGAAGUGACCCAGAGACAGAGCUGGGGGCCUGCAGUGGAAACUCCCACAUGUCUGCAGCCACGCAGGAAACUGACAGUUACACUGACCCCCAGAUCAGCAGGCUCGGUUGGACCCUCAGACCAGCCAGCGCCCAGGCAGCCCUGCUUGGGUGAGGGGGAGCGUUCCCAGACCCUGAGUCUGCAAAGGCUCCAAAUCAGCUAUGAAUGGUUAUGGGUCCCCCUAAAUCCCUUUCCCGUAUAAAGCUUCAGCAUUGGCCUGACUCUGGGUUUUGGGUUUUGGAGGAGGCUGUACUGUUGGGAGCAGUGCUACAUAAUUCUAGGAAAAAUCAUUUGAGUAGGCCUAGUUCUCCUGCCUACAGCCCAGCUAGGACAUUCCAGACAUAACUGCAUUUUGGCCUCUGGUCACAACUGAGACCUGAGUGAUCCCCCCGGGGAUGUUGCAAUCUCCAGGACAAGACCACACCUGCAGGAGACGCCAGAGAGGAACCAAAUCUUCAUCUGCAUAAUUCCUCAUUGUUCUUAGAUUUCCACUGCCCCCCAGGUUUCUGUUACACCUUGUUUACCCCAAUGUAAAGUACUGAACUCUUUUUCACUUGUUACAUCUGUUUCUCC